CGCAAACUUCAUACAGGCUUCCGUGACCUGACCAUUAUUUUGUGCCUGUGAGGUAUAACUAUGCUUUCGCUUUCGAUCACCUAUUACAUAUGCCUCUUUACAGAGCUCCUAUACCCUACGUAUUGUUCCUUGAAAGCUAUCCAGAGCACAUCGAAGAUUGAUGACACACAGUGGCUGACGUACUGGGUUGUGUAUGCAAUCUUUUCGACGAUGGAAGGCGUAGGAAAAUUUUUCCUCGGUUGGAUUCCCUUGUACUAUGAGAUUAAACUACUCUUCGUGAUUUGGAUGAUCGCGCCUCAGACCCAGGGAGCGCGUAAGAUUUACGAGGAUCACAUUGUUCCCAUGCUCAAGAAGUACGGCCACAAGAUUGAUCCCAUUUUUGGGCAAGCUGAUGCCGUGCUAAAGAGCAGUUUGGUCAAUCAGAUUGCCAUCUCGGCGGAAAAGCACGCACCUGGGCUUGCGGAGCAGGCACUAAAGCAGCGUCCCAUGCGUCCCUGCAGGACAAAAGCAUCAGCUACAACAAUCGUCGCUUCAGGCACGAGCGACAGCGACCCUGCACCCGAUUCUGCGGGCAUGCUGCGCUAUCAGCUCGACUUGCUUCGCCGCAUGGUGUCAUUCCUGGGUCCAGCCACACUCAUACCUCUCGGGGAGCCCCUCAUGAGCCUGGUGGACACAGUCUGCAUCGGCCAGUUCGCCGGCACCAGCCAACUGGCGGCUCUUGGUCCGGCCAACCUGGUCUUCUCCUUCUGUCAGUACUUCCUUCAGUCGUUGCAAGUGGCCACUCUGAGAGGCCUUCCCUGAGGCCAUUAUUGCCGCCACCGGUGUUCGAGACCCGGCCCUGCUGAACCUCUCCGCCGACUACGUCCGCGUACGGGGCCUCGCACAACCUGCCGUACU